AUGCACUUCCUCGCCGCCCUCCUACUUCCCCUGAGCGGCCUGCUCAUCACAGGCUCCCACGGCUUUGGCGUCUCCCACGCUCACCAGACUCGCGAACAGCCCGGGGUGCAGGUCCCCAACAACGCCAUGCCACCUAGCCAAGACCCGUGGUACACGGCGCCGGCCGGCUUCGAGACCGCGGCGCCUGGCACCAUCCUGAGGAUUCGCACCGACCCGAGCAACAUCACCGCCGUGCUCGACGACUGCGUGGCCGCGUACAAUAUCCUGUACCGUACGACCGACGCCCGGUACGCUGCCUCGUGGGCCGUGACCACGCUGCUGGUGCCGAGGGAGCCUGUUGGCGGCAGCAACAGUAGCAGCGGCAAUAACAGCAGCGUUGAGGAACAGGAGAAAAAAUCCGCCCUGCUCUCCUACCAGAUCUGGUACAAUACCGCCAGCGUCGACGGCAGCCCAAGCUACCUGCUCUCGACCAGCUUCGCGUCCAACGACAUGAUCGGCAUCCCACCGGCGACGGAAGACAUCGGGGCGGCGCUGGCGCGCGGCUGGUUCGUCGUCGUGCCCGACUUCGAGGGUCCGCUCGCGGCGUUCGGGGCCGGGCCGCAGGCUGCGCAUGCGGUUCUGGAUUCGGUGAGGGCCGUGUUUGAAUCUGACGCUUUUCCUGGCGAGCGGAUGGGGGAGGAAGGGGAGGAUAGGAAUGAGGGCGAUACGAGGGUGGCGCUGUGGGGGUAUUCGGGCGGCUCGUUGGCCAGCACGUUCGCGGCCGAGAGGCAGACCGCUUAUGCGCCCAAGGUGCGGUUUGCGGGCAUGGCUAUUGGGGGUUUGGUGCCGAACUUAACCGAGGUCCUGCACUCCCUCACCAACACGGCCCUCUCCGGGCUCGCGCCACAGCUGCUCCUCGGCCUCACGGCCGAGUUCCCCGCCGCGCGCGCCUUCCUCGUCAGCCAGCUCAACGCCUACAACGCGUCCACGUUCCUGGCGGCGCUGAACCUGACCCGCGACCAGAGCAUCGUCGCGUACGCGAACCAGGACAUCGGCGCCUACUUCGCCGGCGGCUCGCUCGAGACCUUCCUUGCCGCGCCCGAGAUGGCGCGCGUGAUCGCUAAUAAUGGUGUUCAGGGACAUCAUGGUAUACCGCAGAUGCCUGUUUUUGCUUACGAAGCCAUCGCCGACCAGGCCAGCCACAUCGCUUCCUCAGACGACCUCAUCGACAUCUUCUGCGCGCUCGACGUCAACGUCCUGUACCAGCGCAACACGGUCGGCGACCACGGGACCGAGGUCGUCAACGGGCAGCCGCGGGCGCUCGCGUUCCUGGAUGCUGUGCUGGGCGGCUUGUACGGCGAGCGGUACAAUGCGACGGGCUGCACGUGGCAGGAUGUCACUGUUGAUGUGGCCGCGUCGUAG